AUGGCAUUCGUAACUGCUAGCGAAGUUACACAUGAAUUCCAUUUCUUCCGAGUAUACAAAGAUGGUCGUAUUGAAUUCUUAUUGCAAGAUUCCGAGAAAAUACGACCCUUUGAUGAUCCAGUAACUGGGGUCCAGUCCAAAGAUGUGAUCAUCUCUCCUGAACCCCAAGUAUCCGCCCGGAUUUUCCUGCCAAAGCUCAAAAACCCCAACCAGAAAUUCCCUCUCUUGUUUUACAUCCAUGGCGGUGGUUUUUGCUUGCGAUCUGCCUUCUCUCAUCGAAACCAUAAUUUUUGCAGCCAAGUAGCUGCUAAAGCUGAUUUUAUAGUCGUAUCGGUCGAGUAUGGCCUCUUCCCGGCCCGGCCCUUACCCGCAUGCUACGAAGACUCGUGGACAGCAUUACAAUGGGUGGCAUCGCAUGCUAGUGGGAACGGACCAGAGCCAUGGUUGAAAGAUCAUGCGGAUUUUGAUCGUGUGUCUAUCAGUGGAAAUAGUGCUGGAGGCAACAUAGCACAUACUUUGGCAUUUCGGGUCGGGACAAUUGGGUUACCCGAAGGAGUAAAGGUGGUUGGGAUGGCUUUGGUGCAGCCAUUUUUUGGUGGCAGUGAGGAGGAGAAAAUGUGGUUGUAUAUGUGCCCAACUAAUAGCGGGUCUGAUGAUCCAAGGCUGAAUCCAGGCAUGGAGGAUCUUGCUAAGAUUGGGUGCCAGAGGGUGUUGAUUUUUGUAGCUGAGAAAGAUGCUUUGAAGGUAGUGGCCAAGAAUUACUAUGAGAAGUUGAAGAAGAGUGGAUUUAAAGGAGGUGUUGAAAUUGUGGAGCAUGAAAGUGAAGGUCACACCUUUCAUUUGAAAGAUCCAAAGUCCGAGAAGGCUGGUCAGUUGAUGGAAAAGCUAGUCUCUUUUCUCAAACAAGAGUGA